AGUUUUCUAAAGUCUCAUCAUUCAACAUAUUCUCAAAACAAGUCAUACUUUUAUAAAAUAUUUCUCUCCUCUUUUUCUUCCAAGAAAACUCCAAUACCAUGGCAUUAUCCUCCUCUUCUCCACCAUCUUCCAAAAAAUUUAUUCUUAGGUCUUCCGAGAAGGAGUUUUUCGAAAUCGACGAAAACGCAGCAAGGCUUUCUCAAACUCUCAAGUUCAUGAUCGAAGACCUCGGCGACAACAACAACCUUAUUCCGGUGCCUAAUGUCAACUCUAAAAUUCUCUCUAAGGUUAUCGAGUAUUGCAACAAGCACGUUGUUGCCAAUAACCCCGAAUCCAAAACCACUGAAGAUGAAAUAAAACAAUGGGAUAAACACUUCCUCAAAAUUGACCAAGAGACCCUCUUUGAACUCAUUCUCGCUGCAAACUACUUGAAUAUAAAGGGUUUACUAGACUUGACCUGCCAAGCCAUUGCCGAUAUCAUAAAGUCUAAAAGUCCUGAGGAGGUAAGGAAGAUCUUCAACAUCGUCAAUGAUUUUACUCCUGAAGAAGAAGCCAAAAUUCGAAGGGAACAUCAAUGGGCCUUUGAUGAUCGUGAGUAAGCUGAUAUUCAGACAACAAUUGCGAAGAAAUUGACAGAAGGAAAUAUGAUUUGCUGAUGUUGUUGUUUCUUCAUAAAUUUUAGUUAAUGAACUCUUCUUUAUUAACGAGUUUAAGAAAGAUAUGAUUUUAUGUAUUUCCGAAUAAUAGACAUUGUUGCUUCUCCAGUUAUCGUAUUAAUCUAUGUCUUGCAUGUUAUUUUUUGUCUGUUUAAUUUUUUUUUACUCGUAUCUAAUUUUAUUAUAUUAGCUCAUUAAUGUUGUUUGAAUUGUAUUGUUUUCCUUUGCUAAAGUUUUCUCAAACCUUUAUUUUUUUAUUUACUCCAUCGUCUUUAAAACUUUCUUGAAUUUCAUUCUUGGCUUCCU